CAGGGUGGCAGGAAAUGACAGAAAACCUGAAUACGGAACUGAAGCAGUAGCUCAGAGUUUCUUGCUCUAAAGAGGCAGCAGCCAGAGAGGGAGCCGAGUAUCGACGCGAGGAGCUGGGAGCUUGGAGCAAACACUCGCACUGUUAGAGAUGUGGAAGUCUGUAGUAGGGCAUGAUGUGUCUGUUUCCGUGGAGACCCAGGGUGAUGACUGGGACACAGACCCUGACUUUGUGAAUGACAUCUCUGAGAAGGAACAGCGGUGGGGAGCCAAGACCAUCGAGGGCUCUGGACGCGCAGAACAUAUCAACAUCCACCAGCUGAGGAACAAAGUGUCAGAAGAGCAUGAUAUUCUCAAGAAGAAGGAGAUGGAAUCAGGGCCCAAAGCAUCCCAUGGCUACGGAGGUCGAUUUGGAGUGGAAAGAGACCGAAUGGACAAGAGUGCUGUGGGCCAUGAGUAUGUUGCGGAGGUGGAGAAGCACUCUUCUCAGACUGAUGCUGCCAGAGGCUUUGGGGGCAAAUUUGGAGUUGAGAAGGACAGGGCAGACAAGUCAGCGGUUGGCUUUGAUUACAAAGGAGAAGUGGAGAAACACACAUCUCAGAAAGAUUACUCGCAUGGUUUUGGUGGCCGUUAUGGGAUCGAGAAGGAUAAACGAGACAAGGCAGCUAUGGGAUAUGACUACAAGGGAGAGACAGAGAAGCACGAGUCUCAGAGAGAUUAUGCCAAGGGCUUUGGUGGUCAAUAUGGAAUCCAGAAGGACCGAGUAGAUAAGAGUGCUGUUGGCUUCAAUGAAAUGGAGGCCCCAACCACAGCUUAUAAGAAGACGACACCCAUAGAGGCUGCUUCUAGCGGUGCCCGUGGACUGAAGGCAAAAUUUGAGUCCAUGGCUGAGGAGAAGAGGAAGCGGGAGGAAGAAGAGAAGGCACAGCAGAUGGCCAGGCAGCAACAGGAAAGAAAGGCCCUGGUAAAGAUGAGCCAUGAGGCUCAGCAGCCGGCCGCCACUGUGGAAGAGCCAGUGGUGCCAGCCCCAUUGCCCAAGAAAAUCUCCUCAGAGGCCUGGCCCCCAGCGGGGAGUUGUCCACCGUCAGAGCCUGAGCCUGUGAGAACCAGUAGGGAACACCCAGUGCCCGCCCUGCCCUCUAGGCAGAAUCCCCCAGAGGACAAUGAGGAGCCCCCAGCUCUGCCCCCCAGGACUCUGGAAGGCCUGCAGGUAGAGGAAGAGCCAGUAUAUGAACUAGAGCCUGAGCCCGACCCCAAGCCCGAGCCCAAGCCUGAGCCCGAGCCUGAACCUGAGCCCGAGACUGAGAAUGACUACGAGGAUGUUGGAGAGAUGGACAGAUAUGAGCAGGAUGAGGGCGACUAUGAGGAUGUGCUUGAGCCUGAGGAUCCCUCUUUUCCCUCCACUCUGGCUGGAUCAUCAGGCGGCCCAGCAGGGGCUGGGGCUGGGAUCUCAGCUGUAGCCCUGUAUGAUUACCAAGGAGAGGGAAGUGAUGAGAUCUCCUUUGAUCCAGAUGACAUCAUCACUGACAUUGAGAUGGUGGAUGAAGGCUGGUGGCGGGGACGUUGCCACGGACACUUUGGACUCUUCCCUGCAAAUUAUGUCAAGCUCCUCCAGUAAUGUCCGUGUCUUCUGCACUGUGACUUCCCAUGUCCAAAGUGGCUCUGCCUCCACCACAUCCCCAUUCCUGCUGCAAGUGUCUAAUAGGAUGUCAUGAAUUGCCUGAGAUUCUAGAAAGACUUCCCUCUCCCUGUCCAUUAGAGCUCGGGGCAGAGACAGCAUGAGGAAGGGGAUCUCCUUCCCCUCCGUGUCCUCCCUACCCUGGAUGAGCUCGUGGAUGUUUAUCUUUUGUUCCUGCAUCCUUCCCCAUGAAUGCACCCCUCAACACCCCAAGCUCUGCCUUCCUCUGUUUUGUGAGCUCUGAGCUUCCCAGUUUGUUUACCUGGAAAGGUACGUCUAGAUUGCCUGGUUUUCUUAGUUGUGCUGUUUGCCCAUUUCCGUCUCUGCAGAGAUAUCUCUGAAUCUUCUCUCUGCUCAGUGCUAAAUUUGAAAUAAAGUGAGACUGUGGUUCACCUCUA